AUUCUUUUGAUCAACGGUCCCAACAUCAACCUUCUAGGGACUCGUCAACCAGAGUUAUACGGCUCAACAACGCUCACGGAUGUUGAGUCAAGGGGAAAAACGCAGGCAAAGGACCUGGGAGCUGAGCUAGAAACCUUUCAAUCCAAUCAUGAGGGGGCCAUCGUUGAGAGAAUACAUGCUGCAAGGAACGAAGUGGACGCCAUUGUCAUCAAUCCGGCAGCUUUUACACAUACAAGUGUUGCCAUCAGAGACGCCUUGUUGGGGAUCAACAUACCGUUCAUCGAGCUACAUAUUACAAAGACGCAUGCAAGAGAGAGGUUUAGACAUCACAGCUACCUCUCCGACAAGGCAGAAGCGGUUGUUAUGGGGCUGUGCACCUUUGGCUACACUGCAGCCAUUGAAAAUGCAGUGAGAAAUGUCAAGUCCAGACGGCAACAGGGUGACAUGGAGUGUGAUAUCUUGAGAUGGCGUCUAGGGGGUUGCUGA